AUGAAUAUAGGAAAGUCUUAGUAGACUGGAAAUGGCUAGGUCUUGAUGUAAUUUAUUUUGUUCUUGGUGAAUUAUCUGUAAAUUUAAUUUCUUUUAUCAAUCUAUGAGAUAACUUUAGAAGGAGAGGUAAUAGUGUAAAGCUAAAAGUAUAUAAAAGCUCCUUCAUCUAAUAUGGAAAUUAUAUAAUAAGGAUUAAGUUGCCAACAUUUCGGUCUACUAGGGGAUUAGCAAUCUUAAGAAUAAAGGGAAAAAUCAAACCUAAAUAAAUAUUUCCUGUAGUAAUCUUAAUAAAAAUUAUAAGAACUUUUUAAGAAGAAAUUGUAAGUUAUUAAAACAAUAUUUAGAGCAGCAAAAUGUUCUCAAUUAGCAGAUGCUUUAAAAAAUAGAUUAUAAAAUAAAUAUUAUGAAACUGUGGCACCUGGAAAAAAUUAUAAUUUGAUUUAAAGACUUUGA